AGGACACUUAAACAUAUCUUCAAAAGAAGACUUAAUUCUUGAUUUCUGGACUGCAUAUAUUUAACAAGGCCAUCAGAAUGUCGGGAGCCUCAGUAAAGGUGGCUGUCCGGGUGAGGCCCUUCAAUUCUCGAGAGACCAGCAAGGAGUCCAAGUGCAUCAUUCAGAUGCAAGGCAACUCAACAAGUAUUAUUAACCCAAAGAACCCAAAGGAAGCUCCAAAGUCCUUCAGCUUCGACUACUCCUACUGGUCUCAUACCUCGCCUGAAGAUCCCUGUUUUGCUUCUCAAAACCGUGUGUACAAUGACAUUGGAAAGGAAAUGCUCUUACAUGCCUUUGAGGGCUAUAAUGUCUGUAUUUUUGCCUAUGGGCAGACUGGUGCUGGGAAAUCUUAUACAAUGAUGGGCAAACAAGAAGAAAGCCAGGCUGGCAUCAUUCCACAGUUAUGUGAAGAACUAUUUGAGAAAAUUAAUGACAACUGUAAUGAAGAAAUGUCUUACUCUGUAGAGGUGAGCUACAUGGAAAUUUACUGUGAGAGGGUACGAGAUUUGCUGAAUCCAAAAAACAAGGGUAAUUUGCGUGUGCGUGAACACCCACUUCUUGGACCUUAUGUGGAAGAUCUGUCAAAAUUGGCAGUCACUUCCUACACGGACAUUGCCGACCUCAUGGAUGCUGGGAACAAAGCCAGGACAGUGGCAGCUACCAAUAUGAAUGAAACAAGUAGCCGUUCCCACGCUGUGUUCACCAUUGUUUUCACCCAGAAGAAACAUGAUACUGAGACCAACCUUUCUACUGAGAAGGUCAGUAAAAUCAGCCUGGUGGAUCUUGCGGGAAGUGAACGAGCUGAUUCAACAGGUGCCAAAGGGACUCGAUUAAAGGAAGGAGCAAAUAUUAAUAAAUCUCUCACAACAUUGGGCAAAGUCAUUUCAGCCUUGGCAGAGGUGGAUAACUGCACCAGCAAGAGUAAAAAGAAGAAGAAAACUGAUUUUAUUCCUUAUAGGGAUUCUGUACUUACUUGGCUCCUUCGAGAAAAUCUAGGUGGCAAUUCUCGGACUGCAAUGGUUGCUGCUCUGAGCCCGGCAGAUAUUAACUAUGAUGAAACUUUGAGUACUCUGAGAUAUGCAGAUCGUGCAAAACAAAUUAAAUGCAAUGCUGUUAUUAAUGAGGACCCCAAUGCCAAACUGGUUCGUGAAUUAAAGGAAGAGGUGACACGGCUGAAGGACCUCCUUCGAGCUCAGGGCCUGGGAGACAUUAUUGAUAUUGAUCCAUUGAUCGAUGAUUACUCUGGAAGUGGAGGCAAAUAUCUGAAAGAUUUUCAGAACAAUAAGCAUAGGUACUUGCUAGCCUCUGAGAAUCAACGCCCUGGCAAUUUUUCCACAGCAUCCAUGGGGUCCCUUACUUCAUCUCCAUCUUCCUGCUCACUCAGUAGUCAGGUGGGCUUGACAUCUGUGACCAGCAUCCAGGAGAGGAUCAUGUCCACACCCGGAGGAGAGGAAGCCAUUGAACGUCUAAAGGAAUCAGAGAAGAUAAUUGCUGAGUUGAAUGAAACCUGGGAGGAGAAGCUCCGCAAAACAGAGGCCAUCAGAAUGGAGAGAGAGGCCUUGUUGGCUGAGAUGGGAGUUGCCAUUCGAGAAGAUGGAGGAACCCUGGGAGUUUUCUCACCUAAAAAGACCCCACAUCUUGUUAACCUCAAUGAAGACCCACUAAUGUCAGAAUGCCUGCUUUAUUACAUCAAGGAUGGAAUUACAAGGGUUGGCCAAGCAGAUGCUGAGCGGCGCCAGGACAUAGUGCUGAGUGGGGCUCACAUUAAAGAAGAGCAUUGUGUCUUCCGGAGUGAGAGAAGCAACAGUGGGGAAGUUAUCGUGACUCUAGAGCCCUGUGAGCGCUCAGAAACCUACGUAAAUGGCAAAAGGGUGGCCCAGCCUGUUCAGCUGCGCUCAGGAAACCGUAUCAUCAUGGGUAAAAACCAUGUUUUUCGUUUUAACCACCCGGAGCAAGCACGGGCUGAGCGAGAGAAGACUCCUUCUGCUGAGACCCCCUCUGAGCCUGUGGACUGGACGUUUGCCCAGAGAGAACUUCUGGAAAAACAGGGAAUUGAUAUGAAGCAGGAAAUGGAGAAAAGGCUACAGGAAAUGGAGAUCCUAUAUAAAAAAGAGAAGGAGGAAGCAGAUCUUCUCUUGGAGCAGCAGAGACUGGACUACGAGAGUAAAUUGCAAGCUUUGCAGAAGCAGGUUGAGACCCGAUCCCUAGCUGCAGAAACAACUGAAGAGGAAGAAGAAGAAGAGGAAGAAGUUCCUUGGACACAGCAUGAGUUUGAGUUGGCCCAGUGGGCCUUCCGGAAAUGGAAGUCUCACCAGUUUACUUCAUUGAGGGACUUACUCUGGGGCAAUGCUGUAUACCUGAAGGAGGCCAAUGCUAUCAGCGUGGAAUUGAAAAAGAAGGUGCAAUUUCAGUUUGUUUUGUUGACUGACACACUGUACUCCCCUCUGCCACCUGAAUUACUUCCCACUGAGAUGGAAAAAAGUCAUGAAGACAGGCCUUUCCCUCGUACAGUGGUGGCGGUAGAAGUCCAGGAUCUGAAAAAUGGAGCAACGCAUUAUUGGUCUUUGGACAAACUCAAGCAGAGGCUGGAUUUGAUGCGAGAGAUGUAUGACAGGGCAGGGGAGAUGGCCUCCAAUGCCCAGGAUGAAAGCGAGGCCACCAUGACUGGCAGCGAUCCGUUCUAUGAUCGAUUCCACUGGUUCAAACUUGUGGGAAGCUCCCCCAUUUUCCACGGCUGUGUGAAUGAGCGCCUUGCCGACCGCACACCCUCCCCCACUUUUUCCACGGCCGAUUCCGACAUCACUGAGCUGGCUGACGAACAGCAAGAUGAGAUGGAGGAUUUUGAUGAUGAGGCAUUCGUGGAUGACACCGGCUCUGACGCAGGGACGGAGGAGGGAUCAGAUCUCUUCAGUGACGGGCAUGACCCGUUUUACGACCGAUCCCCUUGGUUCAUUUUAGUGGGAAGGGCAUUUGUUUACCUGAGCAACUUGCUGUAUCCCGUGCCCCUGAUCCACAGGGUGGCCAUUGUCAGUGAGAAAGGUGAAGUGCGGGGAUUUCUGCGUGUAGCUGUCCAGGCCAUUGCAGCGGAUGAAGAAGCUCCUGAUUAUGGCUCUGGAAUUCGGCAAUCAGGAACAGCUAAAAUAUCUUUCGACAACGAGUACUUUAAUCAGAGUGACUUCACUUCAGUUGCAAUGACUCGUUCUGGUCUCUCCUUGGAGGAGCUGAGGAUUGUGGAAGGACAGGGUCAGAGUUCUGAGGUCAUCUCACCUCCAGAGGAAAUCAAUCGAAUGAAUGACCUAGAUUUGAAGUCAGGCACUUUGCUGGAUGGUAAGAUGGUAAUGGAAGGGUUUUCUGAAGAAAUCGGCCACCACCUGAAACUGGGCAGUGCCUUCACCUUCCGUGUAACGGUGUUGCAGGCCAGCGGGAUCCUCCCGGAGUAUGCAGACAUCUUCUGCCAGUUCAACUUUUUACAUCGCCAUGAUGAAGCGUUUUCCACCGAACCCCUCAAAAACAAUGGCAGAGGAAGUCCCCUGGGCUUUUAUCACGUACAGAACAUUGCAGUGGAGGUUACGGAAUCAUUUGUGGAAUAUAUCAAAACCAAGCCUAUUGUAUUUGAAGUCUUUGGGCAUUAUCAGCAGCACCCACUUCAUCUGCAAGGACAGGAGCUUAACAGUCCACCUCAGCCAUCUCGACGAUUUUUCCCCCCACCCAUGCCACUCUCCAAGCCAGUUCCAGCCACCAAGUUAAACACCAUGAGCAAGACCAGCCUUGGCCAGAGCAUGAGCAAAUAUGACCUUCUGGUUUGGUUUGAGAUCAGUGAACUGGAGCCUACUGGAGAGUAUAUCCCAGCUGUGGUUGACCAUACAGCAGGCUUGCCCUGCCAGGGGACAUUUUUGCUUCAUCAGGGCAUCCAGCGAAGGAUCACAGUGACCAUUAUCCAUGAGAAGGGGAGUGAGCUCCACUGGAAGGACGUCCGGGAACUGGUGGUAGGCCGGAUUAGGAGUAAACCUGAGGUGGAUGAAGCUGCAGUUGAUGCCAUCCUCUCCCUAAAUAUUAUUUCUGCCAAGUACCUGAAGUCUUCCCACAAUUCUAGCAGGACCUUCUACCGUUUUGAGGCUGUAUGGGACAGCUCUCUACAUAACUCCCUCCUUCUGAACCGAGUGACGCCCUAUGGAGAGAAGAUCUACAUGACCCUGUCAGCCUACUUGGAGCUGGAUCAUUGCAUCCAGCCAGCUGUCAUCACCAAGGAUGUGUGCAUGGUCUUCUAUUCCCGAGAUGCCAAGAUCUCGCCACCACGCUCUCUGCGCAACCUCUUUGGCAGUGGCUACUCAAAGUCGCCCGACUCCAAUCGCGUCACUGGAAUUUACGAACUCAGUUUAUGCAAAAUGGCAGACACAGGUAGUCCAGGCAUGCAGAGAAGAAGAAGGAAAGUCUUGGAUACAUCAGUGGCAUAUGUGCGGGGAGAAGAGAACUUAGCAGGCUGGCGACCACGUGGAGACAGCCUCAUCCUUGAGCACCAGUGGGAAUUGGAGAAACUGGAGCUCCUACACGAGGUGGAGAAAACCCGUCAUUUCUUGCUGCUUCGUGAGAGACUUGGUGACAGCAUCCCCAAAUCCCUGAGUGACUCGUUAUCACCCAGCCUCAGCAGUGGGACCCUCAGCACUUCCACCAGCAUCUCCUCUCAGAUCUCAACCACCACCUUCGAAAGUGCCAUCACACCCAGCGAGAGCAGUGGCUAUGACUCAGCAGACAUCGAAAGCCUGGUGGACAGGGAGAAGGAGCUGGCUACCAAGUGCCUGCAGCUUCUCACCCACACUUUCAACCGAGAAUUCAACCAGGUGCACGGUAGCAUCAGUGACUGUAAGUUGUCUGAUCUCUCUCCGAUUGGACGGGAUCCCUCUGUGUCCAGUUUCAGCAGUGCCACCCUCACUCCCUCCUCCACCUGUCCCUCUCUGGUAGACUCUAGGAGCAACUCUUCAGAUCAGAAGACCCCAGAAGCCAAUUCCCGGGCCUCUAGUCCCUGCCCAGAAUUUGAACAGUUUCAGAUUGUUCCAGUGGUGGAAACACCCUAUUUGGCCCGAGCAGGAAAAAAUGAAUUUCUCAAUCUUGUUCCAGACAUUGAAGAAAUUAGACCAGGUUCAGUGGUCUCUAAAAAGGGAUACCUAAAUUUCAAGGAGCCACUUUCCAGCAACUGGGCUAAACAUUUUGUUGUGGUUCGUCGCCCUUAUGUCUUCAUCUAUAACAAUGACAAAGACCCAGUGGAGCGUGGUAUCAUUAACCUGUCAACAGCCCAGGUGGAGUACAGCGAGGACCAGCAGGCCAUGGUGAAGACACCUAACACCUUUGCUGUCUGCACCAAGCACCGUGGGGUCCUUUUGCAGGCUCUAAAUGACAAAGACAUGAAUGACUGGUUAUAUGCCUUUAAUCCACUCCUUGCUGGCACAAUACGGUCCAAACUCUCCCGCAGAUGCCCGAGUCAACCGAAAUUCUAAGUGACUGCGAGAGUCCCCACGCACCUGCCUUCGAGAGAUAAAGAAAGUGUUACCUCUCAUUUCUCUUUGUGAUUCUUGACGGUUACUCUUUGUGUGUGAUCCUGUGGCUUAACUACUCUCCCUCCUCGUCCAGCACUUUUUCUAGCUCUCCUGUUCCGCAUCUCCAUUGCUCUGUACUCUUCUUUUUUUCUUGUGCUGAGAAUCUUGUUAGUAGCAUGUGGCCUAACAAAAGGAAAAAAAGACUAAAAAAAAAAAAAAAAACCAACAACAACAAACACAAAACCCCCAAGGAGAUCCUGUGAAUCUCCAAAUUACAUUUUGGUGUAUUUUGGCUUCCUUUUGUAUGCUAGGUCCCCAUAUGAUCAGCCCUGGUGUCUGUACUGCUGUCUUUGGAUACCUUUGUCUGCUUUUCAAGGCAACAUCAUGCUCUUUUUUUUUUUGCUUUUUUUUUCUCUGUUUGCAAUAUCACUUUAAUUUUUCUUGGGUGGCUGAGAGACUAAAGGAAGAGAUACCUGGCUUUUCAGAAUCUAACAGGGAGAGCACUUACCUUUUCCCCUCUUCUGUCUUUUUACCAUGGCUAGUCCCUGCAUUUUUACCUAGGGAAAAAGUUGUGGUGAGCUUAGAAACAGGACAGUUAUAUUCUCUGAGUCAAAUUUGGGGCAUAUUUAGGCGUAGUGAUAUAAUUUUCAUUUAGAAGAAAAGAGAGGCCUUUCUAGGCCUGAGGCGGUGGCUGAUACUGACCCUGAAAGAAAGGAAGAGGCAAGGAUAUUCUUGGUGGGGCAUGGCAGUGGGCCAUGAAGGCUGUAGCCAGGAGUUCCUGGGAACUCUCUUCAUCAGGAGGCUGUUCCCUAGAAGUUCCUCAGCUCUGUACUUGGCAUUAGCGUGUUUGGGAUCAGUGCAGUGUUGUACACAAGUGGCCCACGAGGGGGAGUGUCUCACUUUCUGGUGAUAAGCUUGAUGAUCAUGAUCAUGAUGAGUAGUGUCCCUGUGAUAGGUACAGCUCCCUUUGAUCAAAGAAAUGUAGAGUUCAAAUAACACUUGGAAGUCUCCCUCUGAGUCCAGGGGUCAUGUUCAAUAAUGUUUUAUCAAAUUGAAAAGUGGUCCCUGUGGAGCUUGUGUCCCCAUCUCAAAUAAACAAGCACAGCAGGCUCUGGUUUCUGGGUCCCAGGAUUAAAUCCAACCCUUCCUGCCACUCCAAACAAAAAAUGAAGGGCCAACUGGGCACAAGAAGAGUGACCCCCCUCGCGCUAGCCCAGGAGUUUGUUGCUUGUCUCUCCUGAUGCAGAGAUAAUCCCAAGGAGAAAGUCCACUGUGGACAGUCUCCUUUUCUUCUGACAGACUAGGAUCUUCUGGCUUCCAGAGACCACCCAUUUGCCAGUAAGUUUAACAAGAAUGACACAGAAGAGAGAGCCUGCAGAUUGCUUUGGCUGCUUUACCGGUGGACUUAGGGUUGUUUAUCUUUUACUUCCCUCGCUCAGGCCUCUUUCAUCAGCACUUGAACAUUCAGGAAAGUUUUCACUCGCUCCUACUUUUCAAGGACUGAGGGUUCUUAGCCUUAAUGUUGCUGACUCUCAGGCGACAGCAGCUGGCUUACUCUGCUUCACGAGGGAAGGUCAGGGCUCACGAAUCCCUGUGGAACAGUGCUGGAAACCCUGUAUCUCCCAGGCCCUUGUUUCUGACUUCCUGGGUGGUUUGGCUUAUAUCUGAAGAACAGGUCUCCCAGCUUCGAGCUUGCAAAGAGGAGAAGUGACCCACAGAGAGCUUAAUAAAAGGAAGGGUAGAAAUCACACUGUCCUUAUCUGAAAAGUAAUCAAUAAAAACUCCGGUAGACUUUUUUUUAACCUUCUUCUUCUCCUUAAAACAUAGGUCACUAACUAUGAUGUUACUUGUUUUCUAAGUGUAUGAGAGUUUUAAUAUAGUUAGAAGAUUUUUUUGCUGUCUAACGGACACGAUACUCCCUUCUGGCGUAUACCCACAUCCAGCAGGAUCUGUCAGCGCAUUGAGACAGCUUCCUGGACUGAAAUAGAAUUUCAGGGAAAUGAAGAUGAGAUCAGAAGGUCACUUUCAAGAUGAAUCACUGGUGUUGCUGCUGUCCUGAAGUCUGCUAGAAAGCCGUGUGUGACUGGGAGGCGGGAUGCCCGAGGGAGUGCGAGAUCAUGUGGUACACUGAAAUGACUUGUUUUUCCUCCUAACUCAGACAAAACUGGUUUGGAAAGUCUUUGCUUUGGAAGUGUCAGACGUUGGAACAAGCCAAAUUAGACUGUUGAUGAUGUGCCCCGUCAGAAAGCCUCAUUCGGAAACCGGAGGAGGCAGGUGGGUCGUGUCCUGCAGGGGGGCUUGGGCAAGCAUGCUUUCCCCCUCUGAGGCUGCUCUGUUGUGGCUGAUGGGUGUGGACAGUACCUCCCACCUCCCUCGGGGCCCAUAUUCAGAUCGGAGUUUCAGGGCUAGUGUUCUUGUUCUAGACAGGGCCAUCCCCACUUUGAAGCCCUGAGAAAAGUUACGGCAGGAAUUACCUGUGAGGCUUUGCCGGUAACCAUAGUGGCAAGAAGUUAAAAGACGUAACCUUUAAGGAAACCGUAUUUUAAGUUUUUUGAUUUUUAAAUUUUUUUCUUAAAAUACCCCUUUAAACAAAGCCCCCUCCCUUCCAGAAAAAAAUAAGGGCAAAAAAGAAAACUCAUACACAAAUUAAAGACAAAGGAAUGCUAGUUAAAGCGAAUGCUCUCUCCCUCACUUCUCCUUUCUCAUAGUCAACCUCAGACCAGUGCUCGGGCCCUCCCUAGCUCUGUGCCUCUGCCUGGGAGUCAGUCAGCCCUCAGGCCAGCACUGUGUGGGGUCAGCCAGCCCGCGCACAGUCAGGAGCCAGGAAAAUGCUGCUUCUGGCAGCAGGGUGGGCACCCAAACUCCAACUUAUUGUUAGCACUUGGUGAGGACAAGGAAAAAGGACUUUUCCCAACUAAGAACCCACAAUCAUUUGAUAUAUUUUCCCCCCAUCAGCUCUGUGGGGCUUAUACAGCUACUCAUAUUUUCGGUAGAUUUUUUUCAGCUUGUCUAAGAUGAAGGAAUAAAUUUAAGUCCUUGUGAAAGGUCUUUUAGGAUCUAGAAACAAGAUGACGUCUCCUGGCACAUAUUUCAAAGCAAAGACUUUGUUGCCUGCUGCUUGUUGUCUAAUUUACAGGGAUAUUUAAUUUUGUAAGGUAUAUGUAUAUUUAUACAGCUAUAAUUAAUUGCACAUUGGACUGGAAGAGAAAGGAUACCCUAGCGCGUAGCCCCUGCCGGAAUUCUGUGCGUUUCCCUGGUGUGUGGUCCACUUGGGUUCUCCUGGACGGUAUCGGGUUGCUUGUUUGACUUGGGUCCUUCAGUUCUCCUCUUGGUUCCCUUUGUAAAUGUGACUUGUUAACCUACUUCUUAAAAAGCGAAGUCGAACUCUGCUGCUGUCCCGGAGAGUGCUGAGCGUGUCUCGGUGGGACACUGACCUGUGUACACCGCAGCUGUCUGCCCUACCCAGCGACGCACCCACGUGCUGGCCAGAUCCUGACUGUAUUUUCAGGAAUGUUUUCAUUUGUGCUUCCUUAGAAAAUCGAAGUCUCAGCUGAGAGAUGAUUUGCUGCUGUUGUUCAAAAGGCCAUUUAUGAAAUUAGUAUUCGAGCUCAUAAAAUCUCAAGAAAUCCUCCAGUCAUUUAAAUUAAGAAAUUAGAAUUGGAACAAAAUUCACGUUAAAAACUCAGAACCAAACAGCUGUGCUCAGAUGGAAAGUCAAGCUGAGGUUGGUCUCUUGCCAAACCCUGGCUGUUGUGUGUUGUUUUUCAUGUCUUUUGAGUUAAUUUUUUCCACACUGCUUAUUCUGGCAUCAGUUCACCUGAGGAAUCCGUCAGCCUUCUCAAGUUUAAGACAUUGUCUUGAAUUUGGUGGCUCUAAAUUUACUUGUCUGCUGAGAUUUCAAGUCUCUUGUCACCAUCCUCACAUACGACAACAAAAUCCAUGAAGCAUAAGUGGCCUUUCUGAACCAAGACUUUGCAAACCGAUCUCUCCCCAUGAAGGAGUUAAGCACAUUAGCAACAAUGUACAUUAUUAAUUUUGGAUUUUCAUUUUCAUGUUUUAUUUUGUAAAUAUUAUCUGAUGUUCGGAGCUUGAGUAUACAGAAUGUAAAUAUAGUUCUCGUAUUUGUACUAAUUCUGAUUCUUUUGCUGUAUAGCCUUUGAUGUGCAAUGCAGACAUUACCUAACUGUGUAUGGUAACCUUGCAUCACAAAGCUCUUAGUGAACGAGGUAAAAUAAUAAAGGUACACCCAGUGCAACCGAA